AUGCAGUUCCGCGCCUCUCUCGCCGCCGCCGGCCUCUUCGCCAUGGCCAAUGCCCGCAUCUACGGCAUCGCCUUCCCCGAGACCGUCAAGGCCGGUGACGAGGUUCAGGCCAUCAUCGAGACGGAGAACUACAUCCAGACCGUCGCGGACGUCGCCAUCGCCUUUGGCAUCGCCCCCGAAGCGUCCGCCUACCCCGGCACCCUCGGCCAGAAUGUCUUGGGCUCAUUCUACCUCGGACCUGAAAAGUCCAACGUCAUCGACAACAUCACCGAGACGGUUACGAUACCUGCCGGUCUGGCGGCUGGCAAGUACGUCGUCUCGGCCGGUUUGUAUAGCUUGUACGGCGCCUCUUCGUCCUCGACCCUGUCCAGCUACAACGUCACCGUCACUGUCGGUGACACGACCAGCGAGACCUACGUUGGAAGCCAGCAAUAG